AUGGAGAAAAACAAAAUAUAUCCACAAUUAACUUGGAGAGAAAAUAUAAACAAAACAACACUUUCUAAAGAGAAAUCACCAAUUAGAUUUUACAAUAUCAAAACUGAUGAGGUAGAGGGAGCAAAAGAAACUUCAGUUAUAGAAAAAUAUGCAAUUUUAACGCCCAACGGACACAAAUCAUUAUAUAAAGCUCUUCAGGCGUGUAAAAUACUUAAAGAAGUGGGGUUAGAAAUUAAUUAUCUUUGGUCAAGUGAAAUAUGUAUUGAUCAAAAUAACUUAAAGGAAGAAGCAGAGGAAGUUUCUAAAAUGAGAUAUUAUUAUAAUAAUACAAAUGUGACAUUAAUAGCAAUACACACUGAGCUUUUAGAAGAACUUUCUAGCAGCAGAUUUCCAAAAGAAGGCAAAAGUGAACAAUUACUUCUUGAUUGGCCGAGUAUAAUAAAAAUACAGCAGUAUGGUCUUUCAACAAUCCAAGCCAUGCUCGUUAUAGGUGACUACAACUCUCAAGAUAUUGUAGUUUUAAGAUUGGAUGAAGCAUUAAGGGAAACAAAAAACCGUAAGCGGGAUAUUCCAGUUGAUGCUAUUUAUUCUAUUUUAGGACUGUUACCAUAUGGUGAUAAAGUUGAAGUUAAAUAUAAGUCGAGGAUGUGUCCGGAGUGUCCUAACCAAGAAGAAGUUGAAACUUGUCAACAUGAAGAAAAAAAUAAAAAUCAACCUAUUUAUACCAAGAAUGAUGUUGAGUCAAUACUAAUUGAAGUAAUGAAAGUAGCUGUUCAAAACGGCUAUGGAGAGCCGUUUGCCUGA